AUGAAAGAUUUUCCUGGAUUUGGUCAGAUAAUGCCAAACAAUACUGGAAAUCCCACUGUUACCCAGCCUGAGAAAGGUCAGAUCCAACUGGAAAACAUCGCAUUAGGAGCAGUUGGACCUUCCUGGAGAGAAGUCUGUAUGCCCAAUCCUGUGGUGACCCCAUCGCAGCCGGCCUUGGUUAGGACACCAACCGCUGAUACAAGCACUACACCGCUUAUUACUUUGCCAGAGUCGGAGUUUUAUGCCACUUUGGGCUCCAAAGACAAUAUCAUCUCAGGAAUUCAACAACAAAAUGCCAACUUGUUAGGAAACAUAAGAUAUCUUGGUAACAAGUGUCAUAAAUUAGAGACAGAGAACCAACAAAUGAAUGAGAGAGUGACGCAGCUUGAGAAUGAGUUAACCGCUGACAGGAAAAAGCUGGAAGAUGCUGAAAAGUCCUUAAUCUUCAAAGAUACAGUGAUCUCAGGACUCCAACAACAAAAUGCCAGCUUGUCAGGAAACAUAACGUUUUACGGUAGCGAGCUUUCUAAGAUGCAUACACUGAACAAGCUACAAACGGAGAGAGCAAAGCAGCUUGAGUCUGAGUUAAUAGCUGCAAGGAAAAAGCUGCAGGAAACUGAGCUCUGCUUAAAGUCUAGUGAAGGUGAUGUUUUACCGGAGAAAAAGGAUUCAACAGAGGAAGUGAUGAAGUUGAACCAGACAAUAGAGAAUCUGCAAACGGAGCACGAGAGCGAACUUGCUCUUCUGCAUGAUAAACAGAUCAGGACAGACAAAGGCCGACGGGACGCCAUCAGACGGGCCGACCAGCUGAAAGUUAAUCUGAUGUCAGAGAAGAACAAAGCAGGAGAGAAUGAGAUCUGUUUGGCCAAGCAGAUGGAAGAAACGUCUGUGUUACAAGCUACUCUGCUCCAAAUGCAGAAAGAUUUUGAUGAACAAAAGCAGCAGUGGGAGCGGGAAAAAUGCCGGCUUCUCACCAACAAACAAGAUGCAGCCGAGGUAGAAAAGCUGAAAGCUCAGCUGGAGUCGCAGAAAGUUACACAUGAGGUUGAGGUUUCUGCACUCUACAACGAGCUGGUCAAGAGGAACAAAGACCAUAAAGAUGCCAUCAAAAAGGCAGAAGAGCUGGAGAAAAACCUGACUGACGUGAAAAAUAGAGCAAAAGAGUCAGAGGACUGCUUAGCCAAGCAAACUGAGGAAAUAUCCACCCUUCAAGCUGCUCUCAUCCAAACAGAGACAGCUUUAGCAAACCAGAAACAACAGUGGGAGCUGGAAAAAUCCCAACUCAUGACCAGCCAACACCAAAGAGACGAGGUGGAGCAGCUAAAAAAGCAGCUGGAGUUACAGAAAGCUGAGGCAGAACAGGAGAAAGCCGCUCUCUAUUUGAAGCAGCAGAAAAUGAACCAAUGCCAUGAAGAUGCUGCUAAAAAAGCCAUUGAACUAGAAAUGACUUUGGGUGCGGAGAAGGCUAAACACAUGCAAACAAUGACAUCUUUAGUCGAGAAAAUGCGGGAAAGCUGUAAAAUAAAGGCUGCUUUGGUCGAAAUGGAGCAAGAUAUGGAGAAACAAAAAAACCUCUGGGACCAGGAAACACUCAGCCUCCUGGAGCAGCAGGAAACUCUCAGGAAUGAGGAGAAUAUGUCACCAGAGAGCAAAGAGGAUGAACUGAAAAAUCAGCCAGAGAAGAUCAACAACUUACAAGGAAAACCUAAAAAGAAAACGUUUGGGAGAAAACUGAAAAAUCUCUUUAAACGCUCUAAAAAGGAACAUUGA